AUGCCGCCCAACAGUUCGCUAUCCUCACGAGAUGGCAGACUCAGCUCCGCUUCCGUCCACGGGAACGAACCCUACUACUCCAACGACGACAUUGAAAUCCUGCACGAGGUCGUCAGCCUCGCCGAGGAGAUCCUGCCCACCCUCGCCGACCGCGACCGCCUCCCCACCAAUGCCCUUUUUCGCGCCGCCGACAUCGUCCUGCCGCAGCACGGCUUCGACCCGGAGGAGGACACAAAGUUCACGCGCAUCAUCUUCCGCAUUGGCGGGCUGCGCGGCGAUGGCGACCUCUUGGACAAGUUCAGAGCCGUCCUAGACGAGAUGGGCAUUGAGCUCGAGUUUGUCGACCAGAAUGAGCCCCCCCGAUCGCAGUACUCGGCACCAGCCCCCGAGGACGCCGCGGCCCCCCUCUUUGCAGAAAACGGCGACGACCGCACCGGCACUUUCUCCAUCGCUCCGCAUCUGCACGGGCGCCGCCGGCGCAACUCGGACAGCGUUGUGCUGCCGCUUGUCGACGGCCAGGCGGAAAGACCCCGGCCAAGGAGGAGAUCGGCCUCGAUAAUACCUGGACCGAAGAAGCAUAUCGAUGCUAGGCCUCCAGUUCGACAUCCCGCCCAGCGCAUUGGGCCCUGGCUGGCUGAGAUCCCAGCUUACCAGCGGCGUCAGGCUUCCCAGGAGCACGAACUAGACAGCGCCGUCGAGAGUGGCUCUGACGAUGAGGAGAAUGCUCCGUACCACCCAUACCCUAAUCCUAAUUUGCGACUGGAAGCAGCACGCCCUUUCAAAGAUUUCCCCUUCGGAAAUGGGCAACGACAUCCAGUUGCUAUACAAAAUCUCCAGGACAGUCCUAUGAAAUCUCAACGACAUGGCAGUCAACCUAUCUGGCAGUCCAGAUAUGGUGCUCAACACAUCUCCGAUGAAAAUGCAAGCCCAACGCCGGGCUACAUAUCACAACUCCACCUUGCUGGACAUCAUAAAUUAAAACCCCAGACCGGAGGUCUUCCUGACCUACCACGACAUGGCCUACGAGACAUCACAUUUCCGAGGAGGGACCUUGGGCGCCCUCCGCACGUCCGCCAGCCCAUUGAGGACAUGCCCAGUGUCCUGCUCGAACAGGAGCUCCGGAAUCUACAAGAGGAAGCCCGCGAUGCAUAUACAGCGCGGUCCUUGCGCUCUAUUCCCGGCUCCGAAGACGUGGAUGACGAUGACGAGCUGGCCAUGGAUGAUCAGAUGGAGGACGGGCCCGAACCUGAGCCCAAGAUCGACCUUGAGAUCAUGGCCAAGAUCUCCGACGCCUUUAACUUCUCGUACACGACCAUGCGCAGCUACAUAAUGUGGCGGUACGCCACCAUUCUCAACAGAGAGCAGCUAUUUUACGCUUACCAGAUGGACAAAGAACUGUCCGCAUCCGAGGCCGUUCUCGUAUGGAGCGAUCGAGCAGGAACCGUUGUGCAGGAAGCCAACGAACCCUUACCAGAGCACCCCGUUGCACCCGAAGGCGGACAGCUCGACAGCUACAGGCUGAGAAUGGAGCACCGGGCAAGUCGGGCUUACAACAUCUCGAUAAUGCACAAGGCAUUCACACAUUGGCAGGCACUCACCGCGGAGGACCUGGAACGAACAGACGUCGCCCGGAGACACCUCUUGCGCCUCAAGUUCUUUGGCGCUUGGUGCGACCAGAAGGUGGAGGAUGACUACCGGGUGUACAGCUUCAGAAUCAGACGUGCGGUGCAUACGUGGACCAAUGCCGUUGCCAAAAGAAAAAGGCAACGGGCGCUUGCCGCGCUGUUCUACGAGCAGAGCACAUCACAGCAGUCGUUCACAGCCUGGAAAGCAGGGUAUCAAGAGCGCCUUGCCGACGGCUGGCUGGCGGACAACGCGAAGAGGAGGUGCUUUCGCGCGUGGACCACAGAAACACAGAGGAUGGUCGAUACCGAGGAGCAGGUGGACCAGCAUAGUGCCCACGGUCUUAUCCGGGGGGCUAUUGACGUUUGGAUCCACGAUACGAACGAGCAGCGGCAUCUGAUGAAUCAAGUUGCGGAAGACGCGGACGGAACGCUCUGUCGAGAGGUGCUUUCGGAUUGGAAGAAGUUGCUUUUUCUAGAGCAGAACCUCCGAGCAUUGUUGCAGCUUCGGGACAAUCAGACCAAGUCCGAGUUCUUCCGGUUGUGGUCUCAGAAAGCGCAUGAUCUGGAAUCGCAAGAGAGCAGGCUAGAGGCCGACAGAAUCCAGGAUUAUGUCAAGCAUUGGAGGCUUGAGACACGAGUAGCUGCCUGGAACGCCGAGCAGGAGCACGACAUCAAGUCCCAGGCUCUCUACGACUGGGUUCUCAUGGAAAGACUGGCCUUUUUUGAGCGGUAUCAGGAAAGCGAGCUGAAGAGGAAAUGUCUCAAUCAGUUACAGCUUGCCUACGGAGAGACAAAGCAAGAACAUGAGGCCUUGGAAGACGUCGCCGUCCGGCUCGACAAGGACAAGGUCGUCUUCGACUUGGUCGACUGUAUGCAAGGCGAACUGAGCGAGAACCAGCAGCAAACAGAAAGAGCCGACGGGCUCUCUCUCGCACAUGCAGCGAGCGACAUGCUAGACGUCUUUGCAGACUGUGCUGCAGAGAAUGAGGAGCUCGAGGCCGUGGCGCAGCGCGGCGCUUACUAUGUCACCGCCUUCAACGCCAUCGCCGGCUGGGCUCAGUAUGCCAAGCGCACUCGCGAAGAAAGGCUCAAGAGGACGUACCACGCGUUCCGGCGGCGGCUGAAGCGCGCCAUCGCUUCAGACUGCCUGAGCGCCUGGCUGGGCGCUACGGAGGAGCACGUGGCUUCCGGCUGGGAAGCCGACGAUGUCCGCGCCGAGAACGAGACGCAAGACCUCAUCGACAAGAUGAACCACUGGAUCGGCGAGACCAACGACAACCGGGCCAAGCACGACAUCGCCGCCGAGGCCGACGUCGAGCUGCAUCUGAACGAGUGGCGCCUCGCGGCCGAGGCGCGCCAGGAGCGCGGGGCCGAGGCCGUCGAGGCGGACAUCUAUGCUCGAUUGCGCCACUCGUGGGAGGGCUGGGAGCUGCAGGCGGUGCAGGCGCGCGGGCGCGGGCUCACGGCGGCCGAGCUGGCGGACAAGAACAACAAGCGCCUGUGCCGCCAGGCCGUCUUGUCCUGGGCCGAGCAGGCCAUCCACCCGGAGGCGGACGAGACGUUCCCGUCCAGCUUCUUCAACGCCUCCUCGCGCCUGAGCCGGCGGGCGGCGGGGGCCAGCGCGCGCAAGCUCGGGUUCUCGACGCCGCGCGCCGCCGCUCUGUACGCCGCCGAAGACGGCGGCGGGGACGACAACGACCAUAAUAACCCUCCGACGGGGGCCUUCCCGUUCAGGUUCGACAGCUCGCUGCUCCAGCCGAUCACUGAGUACGACGAGGAGCACAGCCUGCGGUCGAGACUCGGGGCCGGCGGCCCCGUUAUCGAGGAGGAGGACGCGGAGCCGCACGGUGGAAGUAGUAGCCCCAGCGCGGCGGCGCAGCGGCGCCUCGGCGGCUCGAUGCAGGCUCCUCCUCCUCCGCGCGGGGAGUUCUUCGAGGAGAGGGGGGAGAGCGCCGUCGGCCUGCCGCACCGGUUCCGCAGCGCGGGCGUGCAGGCGGGGGAGAGCUCGCGGUCCCGGCUCGGCAGCUCGGUGGUCUACCCGGGCGUGUCGCAGUUCGGCAACGACACGCCCUCCGCGUCAGCCGCCGCCGGCAGGGCAUCAUCAUCUGCAGUUCCGUUCUCCGCGACGACAGUGGAGCAGCAGCAGCAGCAACGCGGCGCUACUAGGUUCAGUCACAUCCCGCGGCCGCGGGUCACGCUGUUCCAGCAGCGGCUGCAGGAGGCGGCUGAGAUGGCCGAGUCGGUGCAGCUGGGCCCGAUGUCGGAAUUUGACGAUGACGACGACGUCGUCGUUGAAGGAGACAUCAGUGAUGACAACAACGAGGAAGUGCUGCAGGCGUCCGCCGCGACGCUGCCUGUGCCUGUACCUGUGCCUGUUCCUGUGCCUGCGCAUGUGGCCAACACGCCGACGCGCUGGACCGGCCUGGUGGCGCGGCGCAACGUGGGCGGGGCCGCCGCCGCCACCACGACGCCCAUGGCGCCGCUGCCCAGUCCGUUUGAGCGCCGGCUGCGGCAGGAGUAUGGCGUGAGCGAGGGCGGGGGCGGAGGAGAAGGAGGAGGAGCAGCGGCGCUGUCUCGCGGCAGCCGGUUCGGUCUGUCGCUUAUGAGGCACGGCCAGGGGCCACCUGGGUCGACGGCGGCGACGCCGAGGGUGUCGUUUGCGGCCGGGGUGAGGAGGCAUGGCGAGGGCCAGUAG